AUGGCUGCAUUUGAGCUUGAGGAGCUGCCCACGGCAUUUGCGAAGUUGGGGGGACAUCAGAAAUCAGGUGACUGCCAGGUGCUGAGCGGCGGCUUCAUGUCCGCAGCGCAGGCUGCAGCAGAUGAUACCUCGCGGGCGCCCGACUGUGUGGUGGAGUUUCACAUGGACAGCACCCGGGAGCCACCCUUCACCGUGCGCUUUGGCGCCUUUCCCCCAAAAGACGACACCUCGCGGCUCUACAGCAAAGUUCACUCCAUCGGCCCGGAUGGGCACCACCGGGCAGUGCUGCUGGGCCUUCCCUCUAACUGCGCCCAUGACACGGUGGGCGCCGAGCUGCGAGCGCCGCAGGGGAUGCGCGAGCAGCUGCCCUUCAAGUGCAGCCUUUUUCGGCGCACCAUUGAACGGGGCCGCCUCUUUGGGGGCGGAAGCAAAGCAGUGGAAGAGGCCCUUGCGGCGAUCCUGGAUUCCAGAGAGCCGACUGCAGCAGCGGCGGCGCUGCGGUGCCUAUUAAUGGUCAUGCUGGACGCAGUCCGCCUGUGGCUGCCGCGGCCGGAGCACCUCAGCUUCAGCAGCCUGGCAAUGUUUGCGGUUCUCGCCGCUGCAAUCCCCUGGCGCCCACCUGCCGCCUUCCGCGCACAGCUGCUGCGCACUGCGCUGGCGGCCCAGGCUGCGGACCAGCCCCGGCCCUAUGCGGCUGCGGCCUUUUGCCGGGUGCUGGUCAUGCCGAAUUUGGUGCCGCCGGUCACCACCACGGAGGCGGCGCUGGCAUACCGCGCCCGGAUCCUGCAGCGACUCCCCAAACAUGUGAGGCCUGGAGACUUUGUGCCUCUGAUGACGCUCUACCUGACGGACAAAACGUCGCCAGCGGAGAUUGAGAAGGCCAAGCAGAGUGGCCACGUUUAUGCAGUGAAGCUGUACCCAGCUGGGGCGACCACAAACUCGGACUUCGGCGUGACUGAUUAUGAGCUCAUUAUGCCCGCACUGCAGAAGAUGGAGCAGGUGGGGCUGCUGCUCCUCGUGCAUGGAGAGUCCACGGACCAAUCCGUGGACGUCUUUGAGCGCGAGCAGAGCUUCUACGAGACCGUCAUGCCAAUGAUCCUGGGCAGAUGCCCCAAGCUGCGGGUGGUAUGCGAACACAUCACCUCCGCAGCUGCGGCAACCUUUGUGGAGAAGGCUGGACCGUUGGUUGGGGCGACCAUCACGGCCCACCACCUCUGCCACAAUCGCAAUGCGCUGUUCAAGGGCGGGAUCAACCCGCACUAUUACUGCUUGCCCAUCCUGAAGACCGAGCCUGACCGACAGAAGCUUCUGCAAUGCGCAGUGGACAAUCCCAAGUUCUUCUUGGGCACCGACUCUGCGCCACACUCCCUUGACAAGAAAGAGUGUGCAUGUGGAUGUGCUGGAUGCUUUACCGCGCACAUGAGCAUUGAGCUGGUUGCUGAAGCCUUUGAGUCGGUGGGUCGACUGGACGCCCUCGAGGCCUUCGUGGCGCAGCGGGGGGCCGCUUUCUAUGGGCUGCCGCAGGCGCAGGGCACGCGGGUGUUGACCCGGGAGAAUUGGAAGGUGCCAGACAAUUACCCUUUUGGCGACAAGCUGGUUCGACCUCUCCGUGCCGGAGAAGAAGCCAAGUGGAAGCUACAGCCAAAACUGUGA